AUGCGGCGGGCGGCGGGCACGGCGGGCGGCGGCGGAGCGCGGCGGGGGGCGCCGCCGGGGGGCGCCCUGGGCUCUGACCCCGCGGCGGGCCGGCGGUGGGGGCGGGGGGCGGGCUCAGCCGGCCCGCGGCCCCUCCCCGUGCAGCCCCCGGCCCGCGCCCCCGGCCCGAGCGGCGUCGGGUCCCCGGAGGCCGCGAGUCCGGCGCUCGACUUGGCCCCGGACGCCUCCCCAGAAGCCUUCGCCAUGUGGGUGCUGCUGGAGGAGACCGGGGAGAUGUUCCAAGUGACGGACUGCCGCAGCGACAUGACGGUGCGGGAGCUCAAGGAGGAGCUGGACCUCACAGUCGGCAUCCCCUUGGACCUGCAGCGGCUCCAGUACCUGGACCAAGGAGUUUUGAUGGAUGAUACUACGUUGAAGUUCCAUGAUGUUGUUCCUGGUGGAAUUAUUUCAUUAUGUAUCUGGCAUUAUGAUGGAUGGACGGAAUUGGUUUUGGCGGCUGUGGAAGGGGAUCCCAGUAAGCUCUCCUGCCUCGGUGUUGAUGAAGACUCGCUCUACCAAACUGCAAAUUCGCAGCAUUUGGAACACAAGCAGUGGAAGGACUGGAUCGCUCAGAGAGCGUUCGUGGCCUUGUACAUUACCUCUCACAGAGGCCACUCGGAUGCUGUGCAGUACCUUCUAGAACACGGAGCCGACAGUCUCAGCAGAACCCCCAUGGGCAGGACAGCCCUGCACGUGGCCGCAGCCAUGGACCGUCUGGAUUGUAUAAGCCACCUGCUCAAGUACGGUGCCUCCAUCAACGAAAGAGAUGACAGGGGGGAGAGCCCCAUGUCCGUCGCCCAGCGCCUGAACCACAGGCACAGUGAACGGAGGAUGUUCCUCUUCUAUUGGAUGGCAAAGUCGGGGACAAAGGACCCAAAGAACUUGAUCACGAACAAGGUUUUUCGCAGGGCGAAGUCCAGGUUUGGCUCCAAGAAGAGCCAAGUUUGACUCCCCCUGGGAACGUUUGCACCUCGAAGCUGACUUGGGUCACUUUUCAGAGUUCAAAUUCGCAGUGGCCCUCGGGGAGCAGGAAGCCAAGAAAGCAUGGCAAUUAAUCUGAAUCAGAUACUCAAUUAUGGGUCCUGUUUGCAAAUGACUUGGGGAAGGUGUUGAUGGAAGUAGGUGAGUUUGUGUUCAUUCCGUAAUCCAUUACGGACUGAGCGGGCCUCUGAUGCCAGCCGUUAAUUUUAAGCUAUUUGUACAUUGUAUCCAAUAACGCUGCUUGGGGUGAUGAGAGCCAAUUACCUUCUCUCGUCUCGCGUCUGGAGACCGUCUAACGCAUCAGCAUAAUAGAAGUAAUAGCAAUGAUGAGGACAGCACGGUUGCUAUUGCCCAGAACAAGGACUGGCAAGUGUCGGGGGGGUCAUGUGCAGGGUGGGCUGCGAAUUUCAGUUUGUGAAGCCCGGGAACUGCCUGCUGCAUGCUGUCGCAGCUAGUGAUGUUCCUGAAGUUUUCCUGAGCCAUCUCUGCGGGGUCUGCUGCUGGAAUCGGGGCUUGGGGGGGGUGGGGGACGAGUGAGGCAGAGAGAGCUUGGUUCUCUGGUCACGUCCUCUACCAGGGUGCCUUUAUUAGUCUUGGGGAAAGGUGAUAAGUUGCCAUGGAUUUGGGGGAGACCGUGUAAAGGAUGACGAUGAGCUUGUAGAGGAGAGAAUCAGAACUGGCACCUCUGUCCUCUGGUCCUAUCCCCAGUGGUCCAAGCACACCUCUCCCCCGCACCCCUCCUCCCUCCGGUGUUCUCCUUCCCCGCUAGGUACCCCCGUGGCAACGCCAUCAUCCUUCCUAUGCUUAGUUCCAGGCUCUGUAGCUCACAAGGGGCCCAGCCUGCCGUGUGCCUGAGCUGGGAUUGGGAGCCAGAGGGGAAGCUGACAUGCACGGCCCUGUCUGGAGAGCGCGCCAUGAAUCAGCUCCAGCAGAAACACGAGCCAAGGGCGGCUAGAUUUUUCCAGAGCCUUUUGAUAGGAUACAUUCUGCCUUUUGAGUGUUGACUUGGAUUUUUUUUAAACAUGGUGGCGUGGUACGGAAGGAGUAGCAGAUCUGAAGAACACCUAUGGGACGGCCUCCUAUUGCCAAACUACGCCAGUUCGGUGAGGAAAGGGGCAGAAGCAACUCAGGGCACCUGGAACAUUCGCGGCUCAGAAGCCACAGGCUCGAGCGGCCAGGGUCUUGCUGGGUGAUAGGUAUCGUCCACACUCCCACCCCACAGUUAUGUAUAUUCCUCUAAAGCCCUAUAUUCUGGCACGACUUCUGGGACCCGUCUCCGUGACAAUGGUCUCUCGACCGUGGAAGUUCUGUUUUCAAAGUGAUGGAAAACAGCCCUGUAUCCCGGCUGCCCUUCUUUCCGACACACAUCCCGAUAACUGGAUUCGGCUUUUAAAUUAAAUGGCUGCAUUUCCUGCUGUCAUAACAAGGAAGAUCCGUGUUGAUGAUGCGGCUUUACACUUGGUAGACGUGGCCGUACCCCGCGCAGCAAUUCGUUUGACAAAUAAUAGUCAGAAAAAAAAAAAAAUAGAGCUCAGCAUCAACUGUGUCAAAACUGAGAUCUUGUUUUUGGCAGACAUUCUCUAAAGUCAGUAGACAGAUAUUAAAUAACCCCAUCCAUUGGGUCAAUUCAUUUAGCUAAUGAGGUGUGUUGGCGGGGCGACUCAGGCACCCUUUUAACUUAACAAGUGGCAUUACUCAAAGUCAUGUGUUUGCCAGAAGCUUUGCUCUGUUGUCUGUUGUUACCAGAGCCAACUGCCUGACACUUGUCCCCAAAACUUUGCAGGCAAACACCGUAUCUUCAUAUGCCCCUAAUUCAAUUAAACACUCGGCCAGAAAAGGGGCAAGUUCUAAACUCCACGGCUGACAUUUGGCUCAGUCUGUGACAGGGUCAUGUGCAUACUCCUACAGGUCCCGAGGGCUCUUCAUUAGAGACAGUCUUACCAUACUAUCUAUUAUAUUCAAACAAGCUUGCAUCACGUACUGAAUAAAAUAUGUCCAUAGCCAAAGAAGAGUUGAUUUGCAAUCGGUCACAAUCACGUUACAUGUCAUAGAUAUUUCAUUAAGCAUUUUUUUUUUUUUUUUUGGUGGAGCCAACAGAAAAAUUUUUUGUGGGGUCAAUUCAAGCAUUUUUGUGGGACCCUGAAAUCCUUUUAGGCCCAAGGCUCUGGGGAUGGUCUUCAGUGUGAAUCACUGUGGUCCGUGAUCGCCCAGGUGGGCCUCACUGCGGGUGCAGG